AUGACCAGCGCAGAGGCGCAAAUUGCAGCUCUCUGGGGAAGUCAGACGGCCCUCAGCACGGCCCCAACACCCUUCGGGGGGGCGCCGAAGAAGCAAAGAAGAGCCGAGCCAUCGAAUCCAAAACGACAGCCAAAGCCCAACAAGAGCGAGAGGGCCAUCCCGGACCUGGACGACGAGACGGAGGAGGAAGAACUCCUACAAGACCGUCCCAACAAGAGCCUGCAAAAGUUGCUUGUCCAGAUGAUCCUUCGCCACGAGUUCUCCUUGCAGAUGUUGGAGGCGGACCGAACAUUCCGUCUUUACUUUCUCACCAAGGACAGCGCCGUUCUCCCGCAACUUCACAAGACCUCGCUGGACUGGAAGGAGAAGCACGAACAAGGUCUAUGCGACCCACUACGCACGGCACUGAUGGGGGUUCUCAUGCUAGAGCUCAAGGCAAGACUGGAGAAAACGACCGAAGAGGGCCUGAGCAAACUCUGCAGAGAUGCCAACUGGCUGACGCUGGACAACAAGUGGCGGCACCUGGCUUGGAAUGUGAAGGAUCAAAAAAUGCUGCCUACCGACCAGGAGCCAGUCGAGCACCGCAAGGUCAUGGACUGCAUUCUGCAGAUUGCCAAAGAGGUCGUGAAGCCAGGAUUGGUGCAUCGCUUUCACUCACUACGUCCACUACAAGAUCUGGCAGCCACUCAGCUGGUGGGGCUACGUCUCAGGCAAGCACGCGUCAAGCCAAGCAAACUGGCGGAGGCAGUCAAGAAGGCCAGCAGACGUUGA